CCGCGAGUGCGCUAGGGGAGCUCGGCCUGCGCGAGGCGGCGGCGGCGGCGGCGGCAGGGAGCCAGGCCUAGCGCCCCAGCGCCCCAGCGCCCCAGAGCCGGCCUUCGGGAGCGGCGGGAGGCGCAAGCGCGGAGAGCCCGCCCGGCCAAGGCCCCGGGCGCUCCCAGGCCGCCUGAAGCCCAUGCCUGGUGGCUGGCCUGUGCUGCGGCGGGAGGGGGGCCCGGCUCUGCAUGGCCCCGGCUGCUGAUAUGACUUCUUUGCCACUCGGUGUCAAAGUGGAGGACUCUGCCUUCGGCAAGCCUGGGGGGGGAGGCGCGGGCCAGGGCCCUGCCGGCACCGCGGCCACGGCGGCCGCCACCAUGGGCGCGGAGGAGGAGGGGGCCAAGCCCAAAGCGUCGCCGUCGCUCCUGCCCUUCAGCGUGGAGGCGCUCAUGGCCGAUCACAGGAAGCCCGGGGCCAAGGAGGGCGCGCUGGCGGCCCCCGAGGGCGCGCAGGCGGCGGGCGGCUCGGCUCAGCCGCUGGGCCCCCGGCCCGGGUCGCUGGGCCCCGCAGACGCGCCCUCCUCGCCUCGGCCGCUUGGCCAUUUCUCGGUGGGAGGACUCCUGAAGCUGCCGGAAGAUGCGCUGGUUAAAGCUGAGAGCCCCGAGAAGCCCGAGAGGACCCCGUGGAUGCAGAGCCCCCGCUUCUCUCCGCCCCCAGCCAGACGGCUGAGUCCCCCAGCCUGCACCCUUCGCAAGCACAAGACCAACCGGAAGCCGCGAACGCCUUUCACCACCGCGCAGCUGCUGGCCCUGGAGCGCAAGUUCCGCCAGAAGCAGUACCUGUCCAUCGCGGAGCGCGCGGAGUUCUCCAGCUCCCUCAGCCUCACCGAGACGCAGGUAAAGAUCUGGUUCCAGAACCGCCGCGCCAAGGCCAAGAGACUGCAGGAGGCCGAACUGGAGAAACUGAAGAUGGCAGCGAAGCCCAUGCUGCCCCCGGCUGCCUUCGGACUCUCCUUCCCCCUCGGUGGGCCAGCGGCCGUCGCGGCAGCAGCGGGCGCCUCGCUCUACAGUGCCUCUGGCCCCUUCCAGCGCGCCGCCCUCCCAGUGGCCCCGGUGGGACUCUACACUGCGCAUGUGGGCUACAGCAUGUACCAUCUGACAUAGGUGGCCCGGUAGUGCCCAUCGGUGGUGCCAGCUAAUUCCUCCAGUCCGCCUCUUCUGUGAGCAGCAGGAUUCCUACAACUGUCUCCUCACUCAGCACCGCUGACCCCUUCCCUUUAACCCCCACGCUCACCCGGAUUCCCCUGAUUGCUCCCUGAGAUCACUCUCUGAAUCUGAUCCCAUCCCAAAAAGUGGCUGGGAGAGUCAUUAGUACUGGAUCUGCACAGGCCCUCGAGCUACUGACGGGCAAACUUGGGCCAGAGAGGCCAAGAGAUUCGUGCAAGGUCCCACGCAGCAGAACGAGCAGCGGAGCAGGACAAGAGGCCGCUGUGUCUGCGCACUGCUGCUCCCUGCCUCACACCAAGCAGGAAAAGUGGAGAGAAAAAGAGAACAUUCGAGAAGAUGCCAUCCCCUUCCUUUGGAAAAUUUAAGAGCACUCCAGCAGCCAAACAUUGCUUUGGGGGGGGCAGGGCACACAGACGCAUUUCGAAGGUAGGUUGAAGGGGUCUCUUUCACCAGUACCAGAAAAAAAUUGUAAAAUUAAAAAAGAUCUGUUUCUAUUUAACAGUUCAUUUCCAUGGCUCUCAAGACUCCCUUUGGAAGGGAUUGUGUGUACUAUGUAAUAUACUGUAUAUUUGAAAUUUUAUUAUCAUUUAUAUUAUAGCUAUAUUUGUUAAAUAAAUUAAUUUUAAGCUACAA